UAAGUCAUUAGUUCUCUUCCGUUCGAUCAAUUCACUUCAACUAGCUUCUAAAUUUAAAAAGAAAUUUAUUUCUUGAGAAAACAUCAUCGUCAAAACUAGGUUUCACGAAAAUGUGCGGAGGCGGCUGUGGAGGUUGUGGACCAUGCGGAGGAUGUGGCCCGUGCAGUCAUUGGCCAUGCUGUGGACCGCACAGUCCACCUUGCGGUGCGCCAUCACCCAUCCCAUGUUCGCCUGCUCCAGGCGUGUGCUGCCCGCCGUUGCCCGAAGGCGGCAUUCCUGAUCCACGCGUUUGGAAUUGUUGGAAUACACCACCCACCUAUCCAUGUGGAUUUUAAACAUCGUGAAAGCGUCAAUAGUGUGGGUGCUGUCUGUGUAUAUAUAAUAUAAUAUAUAUAUAUAUAUAAACAGCAAAAAAAGCAAAUCCAUGUAGGCAUCGAUGGAUGUGUUUGUGAAACUUCUGGUUUUAAAAGGUUUGGAAGCAAGUUGGAAGAAGACUGAAUUUUAAAUUGUGAAAUUAGAAAAGUAAUUUUGACUCGGAACUUUGGCAAAUUAUAUUUGGAACACCAUAAAAA